UGUCGAUCUGUCGGACCAUGGCCCCCAACAAAAUGUUUAAUGCAUAUGAAGCUGAAUGGCUUCACCUUGCUGGUGUUAAACUGGUCUUUUGGACGUCCGCAAAAGUUAAUCCAUUGUUUACAAUUUUCAGUGUUGGGAGUAACGCCGUUAUAAAUAACGCCGUUACGUAACGGCGUUAUUUUUUUCAGUAACGGGGUAAUCUUAACUAAUUACUUUUUCCGCCGUUACAACGCCGUUACCGUUACUGACGGUCAAAAGCGGUGCGUUACUUACUCUGAAUAAAUUGAAGAAACUACCAGCCGUGUUGAGUCGACUCUCUGCUCUGUUGAUUUAUCAUCCAAGACUGGGGGUGCGUUCAGGUUCGAGAAUAGCGCACGUACUUCUGACUCCAAGCUGUUUGUCCCUGCUCAUUCAAUUAGACAAUGCUUUCCAAAGUUUGGUAACAUUUCUGUGUUUGCUACACCUGAUGCUAGCCUCGUUCCCAUCUCCCACUGUCAGCCAGCAAUAAUUCUGUUUCCAUCUUGAGGACGGCAGACGCUUUGAAGGUGACGUGAAUUGUCGGGAAACGAGCCUACCUGAAUGCAUCCCCUCGAGAGAUGCGAUGGAAGUGAUUGUGAUUGGCUGAGGGUUAGAGUCAUGUGUCGUGGUAAGCCAAUCAGAGCCGGUGAUUUCACAAGCAAACCGGAACAGUGCGUGCGGCAAACACACCCACGCAAAACAGAUGCACAUGGUUGGGAUGGCGGAGCAUUCAGAAGAAAAAUUGUCCUUUAUGAGGUGGAGAUAUAGACACUAUUUCAAGUUUGUCGAAAUUAAAGGAAAGAAUCUGCAUGUAAUGUGUAAUUUAUGUCCCGGGGCAAAGCUUUUGUCGACAUCUGUGGUAAGCAAUUCAAAUCUGCUGAAGCACCUAACAAGUUAACUCCCUGUCUGUUCUUCUCUAUUCCACUGACUUGAAUACUGCUCGGAAAAUUUCAAAUUCUUUGACAUAUAACAAGUUCUUUUUAAAGUAACGGGAAUAGUUACUUUCCCUGGUAACUAGUUACUUUUACUAUAGAGUAAUUCAGUUACUAACUCAGUUACUUUUUGGAAGAAGUAGUGAGUAAUGUAACUAAUUACUUUUUUAAAGUAACGUGCCAACACUGACAAUUUUUCCUCUCUGAGUUUUUGGCUUCAGGAAACGUAUGAAGAAAACAUCCUUCAUAUGUGGUCGUUUCUACAAGUUCCGUAGCAGCAGUGUUUACUCUUUUUUUGAAAGAUUACCAGCAGAAAACGAGCAUUACUAGCAUUGGUUGCAAGCGUGCUUCUAUGUUGACCCCCUUCCGGUUCACGAUGGUGACGUCACGCAGCCUUGCGGUCUAAAAAUAGCAUUCUUGCAGUACGCUAUUCCACUUCAAAUGGAUUGGACGUUUACUAGUGAUAAACUCAUUUCAAUUGACUGAAAGGGUAUGAAAAGACCUCUUGUCGCCCCUACCAAAAUGGAAGAUAGCUUGCCAGCCUGUUAGCUGACUCCGGCAAAAGGUUCACAUUUAUCGCCGCUGUAAAAUCUGUCAAACAACCAAUUGAGUGCAUGGUCGCAUGAAGCCUUCCAGGUGGGAGUGGGAAAAUGCCACUUGGAUUUUAGGCUGGCACAACAACUGUAACCUCCCAAAAUGUACACAACAAUUCUUAAAAUAAAAAAAACAAAGUAUUUUAUCCAAUGUGUAAGAUUUUAAAGGUGAAUAUAUUUACACCAACGGCGUGAGAUUGACAUUUUUUUCCCUUUCUUUUAAAGAUGAGUCCAGUGUUUUUCUCUGAAAAACGUGAAAACUGCCUCUGUGGAUUGUCCAAAUGAAUUGGACAUCUAUCGGAGGUGUCAAAUUGAUCUUUUUGAUGCAGUGACGUGGUCGAAGAUGAAAAUCCACAAGAAGGACAAGCAGCAGCAGAUGUUGGGUGGCCUCCUGAAGCACACGACGACGGUAACCUCGCCUGAGCAGAAGAGCAGCACACAGACUUCGCUCCCGGUACUCCCCAGGGGCCACCUCCUUGUGGGCCCCAAGGAGCAGCUCCGUCUUCUGGCCCCCGUGGGGGGGUUGUCCAAUCACUGCAAGGCCCCCGCCCUGCUGGUGGCAGCGACCCCGCCGGCCCCGCGACCACCCUCCUCCCUAAGCGAGGAAGAUGAUGCCGGUGGCGGCGGAAGGGUGAGGAAGAAACGCAAGAAAAAGGAGAAACGGGAAUCGCUGGAGGACGACGAUGCUGACGCCGCUAAAAAACGCAAGCCGGGCAGGGGGACCCCCAUCGAUGGAGCCGGCCCCAAUAAGAAGCGCAGGACCAAAGCACGGGUUGAUGCUGACCCGGGGGCUCGGAGCGAAAUCCCGCACGGUGCCAGGCGGAAAAACACUUGCACCCCCUCCGUCACUCUUCCGCUUUCCGCGGAAGUGCCUGUUAAGAUUCCCGGAAAACGAGGGCGGAAACCCAAGAUUAAAAUCUUGCCCCCACUUCCCCCACAUCAAGCUACACCUGCCUCGGCCACCCCCAUCAGGCAGCAAGCCCAACACCCCAAGAACCACAACCAAUCUGGUGUCAAACCUGCUGCUCCCACACCGCCCAAGCAGAGGGGCCGCAAACCCAAAGAUCCCGGCGCUGCCCCGGUGGAGAAGAAAAAAAAGGUUAAGCGGAGAAAGUCGACGGCAGCUGUCCCAGAGGGGGCAGAGAGCGAUGACGCCGCCUCGCUGUCCGUCAACACGGGUGGGGAGGACAGCCAGGACCCCCUGGACAAUGCGAAGCGACGCUCGGGUCGUCAAGUGAAGCGCAGGAAGUACAACGAAGAUUCGGAUCUGAAGGUGGUGGACGACGACGGGGAGACCAUCGCUGUCCUGGGAGCUGGACGUAUCGCCGCACUCAACGCCACCGCGCUGGCCUGGCAAGCCGAGGAACCGCCAGAGGAUGAAGCCAACAUCAUCGAGAAGAUCCUGUCUGUGCGUCCGGUGAAGAAGGAGAUGUCGUCAUCCUCUGAGGAGCAGGCCGAGGAGACUGAAGAAUUUUACGUCAAGUACCGAAACUUUUCCUAUCUGCACUGCAAGUGGGCCACACUUGACGAGCUGGAGAAAGAUCCAAGAAUCCACCAGAAGAUCAAACGCUUCAGGACCAAGCGGGCGCAAAUGAAGCACCUUUUUAGCGAGCCUGACGAGGAUUUAUUUAAUCCUGACUACGUGGAGGUGGACAGGGUGCUGGAGGUGGCUGUCACCACGGACACGGAGACCGGAGAGGAGGUGACGCACUAUCUGGUGAAGUGGUGCAGUCUGUCCUACGAGGAGGCCACCUGGGAGCUCCAGGAGGACUUAGACCCGGAAAAAAUCAAAGAAUUUGAGGAAAUUCAAAAGCUGCCGCCGGACUUGCGACAUGUGGAGCGUCCGCCCCCCGAAAAGUGGCAGAAGUUGGAGCGUUCCCGAGAUUACCGCAACGGGAACCAGCUUAGAGAGUACCAGCUAGAGGGCAUGAACUGGUUGCUUUUCAACUGGUACAACAGGAAAAAUUGCAUCCUGGCUGACGAAAUGGGCCUAGGCAAGACCAUCCAGUCCAUCACUUUCCUGAACGAGAUGUUUGGCAUGGGCAUCCGGGGGCCCUUUCUGAUUAUCGCGCCGCUCUCCACUAUUACCAACUGGGAGCGCGAGUUCCGUACAUGGACGCGCAUGAAUGUCAUCGUCUAUCACGGAUCCCAGAUCAGCCGGCAGAUGAUCCUACAGUACGAGAUGUUUCACCGUGAUGCCCAGGUCUCUGCUAAGAUUCAUCACGGCAAUGCGGCAACGAGCGUGCUAAAGUUUCACGGGUUGAUCACCACCUUCGAGAUGGUGAUGGCCGACUGCCCCGAGCUGAAGAAGCUUCAGUGGCGCUGCGUGGUCAUCGAUGAGGCGCACCGCCUCAAGAACAGGAACUGCAAGCUGCUGGAGGGACUCAAGCUCAUGAACCUAGAGCACAAGGUUCUGCUGACGGGAACGCCGCUGCAGAACUCUGUUGAGGAGUUGUUCAGUCUGCUGAACUUCUUGGAGCCACUGCAGUUCCCUUCGGAGAGCGCUUUCCUCCAGGAGUUUGGGGACCUCAAAACUGAGGAGCAGGUGAAGAAGCUUCAGGCCAUCUUGAAGCCGAUGAUGCUGAGGAGGCUGAAGGAUGACGUGGAGAAGAACCUGGCACCUAAAGAGGAAACCAUCAUAGAGGUGGAGCUCACCAACAUGCAGAAGAAAUACUACCGAGCUAUCCUGGAGAAGAACUUCUCCUUCCUGUCCAGAGGAGCCAACCAGCACAACAUGCCCAACCUCAUCAACACCAUGAUGGAGUUACGCAAGUGCUGCAACCACCCUUAUCUGAUCACAGGAGCCGAGGAGAAGAUCCUGGAGAGCUUCAGGAAGACUCAUGGCCCGGAUGUGCCUGAUCUUCAGCUGCAGGCCAUGAUCCAGGCGGCCGGGAAGCUGGUUCUCAUCGACAAGCUGCUGCCCAAACUUCUCAGCGGGGGACACAAGGUUCUGGUCUUCUCCCAGAUGGUCCGUUGCCUCGACAUCUUGGAGGACUACCUCAUACAGAGGCGUUACACGUACGAGCGCAUCGACGGUCGCGUGCGUGGCAACCUUCGGCAGGCGGCCAUUGACCGAUUUUGCAAGCCCGACUCGGACCGAUUCGUCUUCCUGCUGUGCACAAGGGCGGGCGGCUUGGGCAUCAACCUAACUGCUGCUGACACCUGCAUUAUUUUCGACUCUGACUGGAACCCGCAGAACGACCUGCAGGCUCAGGCGCGCUGCCACCGAAUCGGCCAGAGUAAAGCCGUCAAAGUAUACCGCCUGAUUACCAGGAAUUCCUACGAGAGGGAGAUGUUCGACAAAGCCAGCCUAAAGCUGGGCCUGGACAAAGCGGUUCUUCAGGACAUCAACCGCAAGGGCGGCCUCAACGGGGUCCAGCAGCUCUCUAAGCUGGAGCUUGAGGACCUGUUGAAGAAAGGCGCGUAUGGCGCUCUGAUGGACGAAGAGGACGAAGGGUCAAAGUUCUGCGAGGAAGACAUCGACCAGAUCCUGCAGAGACGCACGCAGACCAUCACCAUACAGUCCGAGGGAAAAGGAUCCACCUUCGCCAAGGCCAGUUUCAUCUCGUCAGGCAACCGCACCGACAUCUCUCUGGACGACCCAAACUUCUGGCAAAAGUGGGCCAAGAUCGCCGAAGUGGAGAUCGACUCCAAGUCUGAGAAGGAGUCUCUGGUGAUCGACACCCCUCGCGUGCGCAAGCAGACUCGGCACUACAACUCUUUCGAGGACGAUGAGCUGAUGGAGUUCUCAGAGCUGGACAGUGACUCUGAGGAGAAGCCGUGCCGCAGCAGACGUCUGGGCGAGCGCGGUCGGCGCUACCUGCGAGCUGAGUGCUUCCGCGUGGAAAAGAACCUGCUCAUCUUUGGGUGGGGGCGUUGGAAGGACAUCCUCAACCAUGGGCGCUUCAAGUGGCACCUGGCAGAGAGAGACAUGGAGGCCAUCUGCAGGGCUCUUUUAGUUUAUUGUUUGAAGCACUACAAAGGGGACGACAAGAUCAAAAGCUUCAUCUGGGACUUGAUCUCACCCAGCAAGGAAGGCCAGGACCAGGACCAAGAGCUCCUCAACCACUCCGGACUGUCUGCUCCGGUUCCUCGCGGGCGAAAAGGCAACAAAAUCAAGACUCCGCUGAGUGCUCCUGAAUUAAAGAACGCAGACUGGCUAGCCCACUGCAACCCUGAAGUGGUUCUGCAGGAUGACAGCUACAAGAAACACCUCAAACAACACUGCAACAAGGUUCUUCUGAGGGUGAGGAUGCUGUACUACCUGAAGGUAGAGGUUCUGGGUGAAGCAGCCAAUCAGGCUUUGGAGGACACGGCUGCCAGGCAACUGGACGUUUCGCUGCCCGACAUUGACUACAUCGAGAUUCCGGCAUCGUGGUGGGACGCCGAGGCCGACAAAUCUCUGCUGGUCGGUGUCCACAAGCACGGCUACGAGCGCUACAACGCCAUGCGCGCCGACGCCCACUUGUGCUUUCUCGAGAGAGUCGGCAUGCCUGAUGUCACCGCGCUGUCGGCCGAGCAGGGGGGAGGAGAGGCGACUGCAGAUGUCGCCGACAGCGCGGUGAAAGGGGACGACAACAGCGAGAGCACAAAUGGCAAAAGCGAAGGAGGCGAUGAGCGGGACGACAAAAUUAAGGGAGACAAGAACUGCUUGAGUGCAGACGCUGCUGACAAGCCGGAUGCCGGUGUUGCCACAGCAGUGUGUCACGGGUCCCUCAGCGCUGACACCAAUGCUCAGGAUGCCACCCUGGUCACAACCCCGUCAGACGCAGGAAGCGGCACGGGUGUGGCAGCUCUGCAUGUGGUCCAGGCGCGCCCCCUCUGGCCCGCUGGCCCAGCUCUGACAGCCCGCCUACGCCGCCUGAUUGCGGCCUACCAGCGCUUCACGCUGAGACGUGAGCCCCUCCUGCGGCACGACUUCCUGCUUCACGACGGCGCGGUGGGCGCCUCCCUUGGCCUCCGUGCCGAGGGAGCCCUGGCCUGGCAGCUGGGUGAAGAGCUGAGGCGCUGCUCCUCCAGCCACGCCGAAUCGGAAGCAGUCUUCUUGGAGUGGCAGAGGAGAUGGACCCGGCGCGAGCAGAUGGACUUUUACCGUACUGUGUCGUCGUUCGGCGUGGCCUACGAUCCUGACAGGAAAAUGUUCGACUGGUCGCAGUUUCGAGUUCUGGCCCGACUGGAGAGGAAGACAGACGACAGCCUGGAAACGUACUUCAACUCAUUUGUCAAGAUGUGCCGGAGCGCCUGCAAGCUGCCGCCCAGGAAGGAAGAAGGCUUGAUGGACAGCAGCAUUCUGGUGGAGCCUCUGACAGAAGAGCGAGCCGCACGGACCUUGUACCGCAUCGAGCUUCUCCGCAAGAUCCGUGAACAGGUCCUCCGCCAUCCGCUGCUGUCGGCGCGCCUGCAGCUGUGCCGCCCAUCACUCUACCUCCCCGUGUGGUGGGAGUCGGGGAAGCACGACCGGGACCUUCUGGUGGGAGCGGCUCGACACGGGUUGAGUCGUACAGACUUCUACAUCCUCAACGACCCCCAGCUGGGCUUCCUAGAAGCCCACAGGAACUAUGUGAGGGGACACCACACGUCCCAUCUUCACAGGCUGCCGCCCCCCCACUGCUGCCUGUACGACACCCCUCCACCUCCGGAGUAUCCCCAGCAGGCAACCUCUACUCCCUCUUCGUCAUCGUCCUCUUCUUCUCACCCGCACGCUCGGCCAGAGGCGAGCUCUCCAGGCCUGGGGAUGGUCUCGACUUCCCGGGGCGACUUCCUGGACUGCCCCCCACUGGAUGAGAGCCUUGGGGACAUGGAGGCGCUGCACGGGGGCAAGGCUUCCAAGGACGCCCCCAACGGCUUCCCCUUUAACUCAGCGGCCGGCGGUCAGAGCAUGCUCAACUCGUAUGGUGGCGACCUGCGCUCCGAGCUGAGGAACGACGCACUGGUGGGGGAGCAGGGCUCGUCCGAGGAGACCGGACUUCUGGCGCCGUCUGUGGAGCUGGAUCGGCUGCAGGCUCCCUGGGAUGGAACGGACCACUCCAGCCCGGCUCAGCACAUGUUCAACGAGUCGGACCCCAUCCUAGGUCCCACGGGCUUCCUGGAGGAGGAGGACGAGGAGGCUCGGCACGGGGACGGCAGUGCCAGCGGUGGCGGGGAUGGGACCCUGGAGGAGUGUCUUGGACUACCCCCUUCGGCUUCACCCUCUCAUCCGUCGGCCGCCGAUUCCGUGGAGUCAGCCAGCUUCAUGCUGUUCAAGGACAUCGGUGUUAGUGAAGAGGCUGGUGUGGACCAAAGCGACCUGGCGGCGAGCCCCUUGCCGCCUUAUAUCGCCCCGCUCUCUCCGCCCGACACGUUGGAGGACGUCAGGGGUCGGGACGCCCGAGGCGGAGAUGACAGCUUCAAGUUCGAUGUCAAGGGCGAAGACAGCUUGGAGAAAGACAACAUUCUACUUGAGGACCAGUGUGACUCUCAUCAAGCCGUUCACGCGAGUCUGCGUCUGCCUCUGGACCUGGCCCACAUGGGCGCCCCACCCGAGCCGCGGGAUGACAUGGAUGUCCCCGACCCGCUGUGUCCGGAUCUCAUGUGUCCCAUGGAUGAAGUGGACACCUUGAUGUUCGCCGAAGAAGACGAGGAGGAUGAAGAGGAGCGUGCCGACCCGAUGCCCGAAGCUCCGGGGGAGCUUCUCAGAGGAGAGAACGACGAGCCCGAAGCGGACAGUCUUCUUGACGACGACGCGGCGGCAGAUCCGGAUCCCGAGGAAAAAGCGGAGCUUCUGGGGGAGACGGAGGAGCGCAAACCCGAGAUGAGCCCCGUUAAGUCGGAUGAUGUUGCUACGGAGACGGAGAGCGGUCCCGUUGAGGGGGAAGUCCUCCGGCCGAUGGCGGACGAGACCAAGACGCAGGGUCUGGACUCUGGCAGCGUUAUGACCGAGGCCAGCCGGGAAUUUUUGGAGGUCAAGGUGGAUCCCGACACGGAGCUCAAAGGUCAACCCGAGGAGGAGACGUCCUCCUCGCCGGCGGCUGUUGUGGAGGAUUAUUCUGGAAGUCCCAGAUUCGCAGCUCCCUUUUCCAUGGGUGACCCCCCUGAAAUCCACGAUGCCCGGGAGCCCACCAUUGCUCAGCUGCUCCAGGAGAAGGCGCUGUUCUCCUACUCUGAUUGGCCAAAGGAUCGUGUGAUCAUCAACCGACUAGACAGCAUCUGCCACGCCAUCCUGAAAGGCAAAUGGCCAUCGUCCAGUGAUCAGUACGACCCGCCGGCCUCCGUCGGCACCAACCAGCAGCACCUCCAGCGGAGCGCAUUUUUCCCUGCCGCUGUCGCUGGGCAGGCUCGGAUCCAGCAGGCCAACCCGGGCCUGGCCUUCCCCAUCCUACCGCCUCCUCUCACUAGACUGCCCAAGUACUCGGGGCGGGGUGGCGGCCGCGGGGCAUGGCGCGUCACCUCCCUCCCUCUCUUACAGGAGAGACUGGUGGCUCCGCCCUUCCUCCCCGAGCCCAAGCGCUCAGCGGGGCGGCGCUCCUUCGAUUAUGAAGCCGCGGCGGCGGUCGCCGCUAAGGUGCUAGCUGGCAAGGCGGCGGCCUCCAACCGGAACCCCUGCGGGGAAGGGUCACCCAAUUGCCGUUCUGGCACCCCCCUGCCGAACGGCUGGCAGGAAGCGGCCAUGGAUCUCAGCAAAUCGCCGGGCGACUUGCUCACACCCACGCCGGGGGACGGUGCUCGAAAGGUGACCCCGCCCCCGCCCAUUACGGCGCCCCUGGCGGGCUCGGCAGGGUUGGACAUGGCAGGUAUCCUGCAGGCCGGACUCAUCCAUCCCGUGACGGGGCAGAUUGUCAAUGGGAGCCUGAGGGGCGACGACUCGCUUCGGAGGAGGCGGGGCCGCAGGAGAAACGUCGAGGCGCUCUACUCAGAGUUUGCUAAGGGUCAAAGUAUGCACCUUCCUGAUACGACACAGGGUCGCGCAGAGGCUCUGAGCCCAUCUUCAUCAUCUGAGCUCCCGGUGGCGCCCCCUACAUCGACGGCACCCGCGCAGACGUCCCUAUCUGAUGCGGCCGCGGAGCAGGAAGCGGCCGGCGGCAAAGGUUUAAUGGAGUGGCUUCGACAUAAACCGGGAUACAGCUUGGACCUUCCUUUCGCUCAUGUGGGGGCGGGCGUCCUGCACGGAUUGGUCAAGCGGCCCAAGCAGCGGCGCCACCGCUGCAAAGACCCCACCAAGCUGGACGUCAACUCCUUGACGGGGGACGAGCGUGUUCCCGUUGUGCAUCGUGGGACUGGACGCAGGCUGGGCGGCGCUAUGGCUCCGGCCAUCAAGGAGUUGUCUCGCUGGUUGGAUGCCAACUCUGAAUACUUUGUGGCCACAGAUUGGGCGGACGUCGUCAAGCAUUCCGGUUUCCUCCCGGAGGUCAAGUUCUCCCGCAUCCUGACGGAACCCGUCAACAGAGACCCCUCGUCGCGGCGCCGCGGCCGGCGUCCCCGCAGCGAGAUGCCCAAACCCCUCCCGUCGGACCUGCCGCCACCCAUCUUUAUGAACGGCGCCCUGUUGAGCGGCGUGGACUCGGCGAUUGCCGUGCAGAACUUCCGCGCCGGGAUGCCCGGAAUACCCAUCGUGGCUGCGGGAUUCCCUCAUGUUUUCCCACCGGCGGAUGAGGGCAAGAACGGCCUGAGCGUGUUACCUAUGAUGCUUCACGGUGUGCCGCCGUCCCCCCACGGCACCACGGUCCCGCAACACGCCCUGUUCGGUGUUAUGCCGCUUCAUGCCACUUCUUCCUCCUCGCCGAGCGGGAAAAGCGGCACCACGGAGACUGGCGGCGGAACGCCAGCGACGCCCACCGAGCCCGCCACGCCUUCUGGGGUCCAGAAUAAGUGCGACCCUGGGAGUCACCUGACUUUCAACCCCUUCCUAAUUCCUGGCAUGUCCCAUGGCCUCCUUUACCCGCACAUGUUUCUCCCACACGGCGGUAUCGUGGCACUGCCUGCCGUCCCCAACGCCGAGGACGAGUCCCCCAAAAAGAGGCGGCGGCGAGAGCGGGAGGAAAAGGAACCUGAGAGUCAGCAAUCGGAUUUGCACAAGGAACCGGAAGCGGAAGGACCCGAGAAACCCGAGCAAAGCACGGCAGAGCCUUCAACUCCGCCACCCUCGCAGGAAGCGAACUGCACAGAGGGGGACGAGGGAGUGCCACGGGACCCGCAAAGAGACCCAGAAAAAGACCCGUAGGGCGAGGAAGGAAACGCUGAGUGUCAAGUUUGUGCCGUGUCUGUUUGUCAGUCGUCGGACUUGAAUUCUUCUUCUUCUUCUGACAACGGUGAUGACAUCACACGUCUAACCCCACUCACAUUUCCACUUCACCUUCUCGACGUUGACCAAUCGCGAUAAAAGCAGAGAACAAUCUUUUUCUUUUUUAUGGUUUUGUUUCACUAUUUUGACUGAAGCGUACACGGUCAACAACUAGGAGGUCUGAUCAUGUUUCGUCGCCAUUGACAGCGAUAGACGUUCGGUCCAUUUGGACCACUCGAAUGGAUCAGACGUCUAUCGCAGUCAGUAAUGUGUUGGUUUCUCAUUCUUGUUGUACUUUUUCAGGCCUGCAGGGAGCAGUGACAGGUCCAUUUCCAUUAUCUUAACAUCUCUCUUUUCACUAAGGUGCACAUGUCCAAUCACUACAAUGGAGUAUUCAGGCAGCACAAAGAAAGGAAGGAAAAAGGACUAAGAGAGGAAAAAUUAAACAAAAAUUUUUUCUAUUAUAUUACAAGAAAAAAGUCAAUGUUACAUACAGUAAAUCUACGUAAUAACACUUAUAAUCAUAUGUCAAAUUAUUAUGUUAAAAGUUCAGUUUACUCAAUGUCAUGUAAAAUUACAAAAUAUUAAAUUUUUUAUUCUCGCACUAUUUGAAUUCUCAUGAUAUUACAACAACUUUAAUCUAGUAGUAUUACAAUGUAUGACUAUCAUUGUCAUAUGAUGAUGCAUGACUUUAAUAUUAUUACGUACAUUCGUCAUUUUCCAAACCCCUUAUCCUCACGAGGGUCGAUAGAAUUCCUCUAUCGUCCUCUGAAGUCCAAUGUCUUCUUUCACGGGAUUGAUGGUGCCUAUCUCACUCUUCGUCAGUGUUGUCACUAAUUACACCUCUAAAAAGUAAUCUAUUUACUUUACUGAUUACUUCAUUAUUAAAGAACUGUUACUUUAAAAGUAAUUUAUCAGUUUUUACCAAUUUUUCGCCCUUUGUUGCCUCAACAUAGGAAAAAACAGAAAAAUGUCAUUGCAUGUAAUUGGCUUUCCGAGAAUUUAAUUUGAAGGAGAUCACAAUUUUUCACAUAAGGCUUAAUCUUCAAGUUAGCGAGGGUUUAAGUAGUCGUUGGAGUUGAUUUCAACCAUUGACUCGCGCUAGCUUAGCCACUCCGGAGACCUGAAACAAAUAACUGACAAACUGCACGGAAUUUGUUCAAAUCAACUCCAAGGAAUAAUUAUACCCCUGCCAACUCAAAGAUUAAGCCUAAUUUAAAAAAUUCUGAACUUCCCCUUUAAAAUAAAGACCUAGCUGUUAAAAUGUUGUCUGUAAAAGUUUUAAAGCAAUAAAACAAACAAUAAAAAUAAAUGAACAAGAAUCCUACAGUAGUCAGUAUUUCAUAAUGUACAGUACAGGCCAAAAGUUUUCCCCCACCCCACAAACCGCCAAAAGUCAAACUCUGCCUAUGGAUACAAACUCUAACUAUGAAAUGUACGUAAAGCCUGGUUACAAACUGUAGAAGUGCUCUCGUUACCUGUCGGCUUUGCUUAGAGUUUUGACCCGUUGUGCUGUAAUUCCAAGUGGUUCAUUGAAUUGGGUGUGGCGUUUUUAGCUGUCCACAGUGAUUUUGAGCCAGUGCAAAGUUUGCAACGCACAGAGAGAUCUUCUCUGGACAAAAAUGUGAAGUAAUGGCUGUGUUUCCAGUGAGCAAUUGCAGCCGUUUCUGGUAUCUCUCCUGGCUCUUUCAUUAUUGGCGGUCUGACGAGGUAGCUAGGUUGUUGUUUUGGCCGCACUCUCGGCGCUGCUCACAGGGCAUGGUAAUAGUUGUGACCUUUUUUUUUUUUUUCUUCUCCGAUGAGAAAUCGUGACCUGUGAUGUCACUCCCAAUCGCAAGAGCAACAUUUCUAUAAGAAAAGCUCUUCGUACAUGAGUACAAUAUUCUUCAUUCUACAUACAUUAUGAGGCAAUAACAAAAUGGUAACGCACAGACACUAAGGAAACCAACUUUAAUCAGAUUACUGGUUCGGAAAAAUGAACGCGUUAGAUUACUCGUUACUUAAAGGAAGUAAUCAGAUUGACAACUCUGCUCUUCAUGACACAAAAAUGCGAGGAGACCUAUGCUCUAAUGUGCUAAUAAUGUAAUGAACCGUCUGUGGGCUUAAGAAAACUCUUUGUGAGACAAAAACCCAAGGAACCUUGUGUUCAUUUAGCUCAGAUGUCCACCAGCAAUAUCAACAAUAAGAACGUUGGGCCGGUGCACGUCAUCAUACUGCAACACACAAAUUGAAACAUGAUCAACAAUAGAGCAAUCGGAGCGCGGAAUUCCGUUACUAAGCAUGAUGGGAUAGAGCAAUAGAGCAGCAGGAUCUAAAAUUACCUAACAUUAAGACCUUGCAUAAAAUUAAGUAACAUUACGACUUUUUUUUUCGUUGUAUUACAACGCAUAACUCCAUUCUUCAAAUAUUAAAACUUAAAUCCAUAAUAUGACUUGAUUCUCUUAGUCCUUUUACCCCCCUUCUUUCUCAUUGUUGCCCUGAUGUUCUGUCGUAAAUCACAGCCAAAUUUCAGAAAGUUGGUGUGCAUGUGUGUGUACAUAGUCAAAGGGAGGGGCCUCGUUCUUGAAUUUUUUUUUUUUUUUUUACAAAUUAUACACAUACAGUAUAUAUACAUAUGCACUACUCAACAAAAGGGAGUUGCAAAUUACUGAUGUCAAUCAUGAGAUUAUUAGAGUAUGUUGACUAAAAUAUUUUUGGACAUAAAAGUCCCUAAAAUGUCAGCUUCAAACCAAAAUGGCUGUGUCUUUCUGGGUAUGGUUUCUUGAGACUUCUUUGUGCGACAGCUAAUGUUAGACAUGCCUACCAAAUUUUUGGUUGCUAGAUUCCACUGGCUUCGGGGGCAGAAUUUUCAAAAAUAUUUCAUGAAUUCCUAAAAAUGUCCCGAAAACCCCUUAAAUGCCCGAUUAAAACAAAAAUGGCAGAGUUCCUGCAUCUAUUUGGGGUUGACUUCUUGAGAUGUUUCUGUGAGUCUAAUCAUGACUGACCUGUCAACCAAAUCUCAUGUUGCCAAGUCAAGCUGCCUGGAUUGAAUUUUAUUUAAAAAAAAAAAAAAAAAAAACACUUCUGAAAAUAACAAAUGUCUUCUUCAAACCAAAAUGGCAGGCUACCCAUGUCUUUCAGGUAAUGGGUUCUUGAGACUUUUUCUUUUGUGGCUAUAACCACGAUUAACCUGUCUACCAAAUUUCAUGUCGCUAAACUUUCUUUAGGGGCUGAAUUUUUCAAAAACAUUCAAGGAAUUCCUGAAAAUGUCCCAAAAGCCUGUUAAACAUCUGAUCCAAAUCAAAAUGGUAGAAUCCCUGUGUGUUUUUGGGCAUGGCGUCUUGAGACUUUUUUUUUUUUUUUUUGUGAAUCUGCUCAUGAUUGACAGGCCUACGAAGGUUCAUGUUGCUAAGCAGGGAUGUCCCGUUUGUAUAUUUUUGCACCCGAGUCCGAGCCACCUGAUUUUGAGAAUCUGCCUAUUAGGACUGCAGCUACCGAAUAUUUUAGUAAUAGAGUAUUCUACUGAAAAUUCCAUCGAUUGAGUAAUCGGAUAAAACAUUUUUUUUUUUUUUUAAAUAAAGAGCAAUCAUAAAUUUACAUGAGGAAACAAGACAUUUCACUUAAUAUUGAACCAUUUUAGACAAUGAAUUUAUUUUAGAUGCAUAGUGGUAUGAAAAAAAGAUCUGAACCUUUUGGAAUUUCUCACAUUUCUGCAUAAACUCAUCAAAUGUGAUCUGAUCUUUGUCAAAAUCACACAGAUGAAAAAAGUUUCUGCUUUAACUAAAGCCACCCAAACUUAAUAAUUUUUGCGAACAUUAAACGAGCAACAAUUUUUUUAGACAGCAAUGGCUUCCUCCGUGGAGUGCUCCCAUGAACACCAUUCUUGGCCAUACUUGUACAUACUGGACUGUCUCAGAAAAUUAGA